ACAAAAUACAUAUGUAUUUUGAAGUUUGUUGAAAUUGAAUAUUUACAUAUAUGAAUUUGUGAAAUUUUCUUUCGAGUUUUAUUCAAAAAUUUGUAUAUAUAUAUGCAUAUAUUACUUUUGAAUUAGCAUCUGCUAAUGGCACAACUUCAUCAAGAAAGAAGUAAAGUUUGGCGAUAUUUCACAAGAUCAUCAGAUAACUUGAAAGCAAAAUGUCAUUUGUGUUUAGCUUUUUUGUCUUUUAAGGGAGGCUCAAUUUCAAAUUUGCAUCUUCACUUAAGAAGAAAACAUGCAGAACAUUUGGAUGAGCAAAGUGGAGCGCUAAUUAAAAACAGUUUUCCUGAUCCAGUAAAAAACAUAGAAAAAGUCGAGUUCUUCAAAAAUGAUAACAAUGUUAAGAAAUUAAUAGAGCUAGUGCGCCAAAGAGGAAAUAUUUUAUACAAAUUCUCAAGGGACAACCUCUGGAAUAGCGAAACUCAAGAAAAAUUGUGGAAAGAGGUUGCAGAAGCUUUAGGAAGUGAGGUUACGCAAAUAGAAUGUAGGCAAUGCUGGCGCAAUCUGCGUUGCUUGUACGACCUAUAUAAGAGGGAUCCCAAAACUUCAACAACGAAAUUUAUUGAUCAGUUAAAAUUCUUAGAAAGUCUCUACGCCAGAUCGAAAACUUCAAAUUCUUCUUCAUGUGAAAGCAAAAAAAAUUCAACAAUAGGGUCAGAACAAAUUUUAGAAGAGACUGUAGUUGAAAGAUUUCAUGAUACAGAUUUUGAAGAGUCAGGCUUAGAAGACAAUGAAGACUCUAUAUAUUUUAAUGAAGCAAGCGAUGAAAUCGUUGAAGAAAAUAUUUAUUUGGAGGAAGGAAAACAUAAAUUUACUAAAAACAAGAAAGAAACUUUAUCUUUUUAUAAAAGCUUUGAUGAAAUGGAUGACUUAGAUUUCUUUUUGGGAUUUUUGAAUAAAAAAAUGCGUACUCUUUUACCUGAAGAGAAAAGUUUUGUAGAGAUGAAAUUUACUCAAUUAAUCUUUGAGGCAGAAGCUGGUUUGUUGCAAUAAAAGAAAUAUUUUUUCCUUACAACAGCUCUUUAUACUUAUAGAAAAAAGUACGUUUAUGUACUCGCCGUUUAUAUAAUCCUAGGAAAUAACAGACGUGCAAAAAAAUAGCAGUGGCAUUAUUUUAGUGUUACAUCUACAAAUUGCCAGGGUAUGGGUCGAGUAAAAUGUUUUUCUGAACAAAAGAAAAAAACCUAUAUAUACCGAAAUAAAAACAUAUCAAAAUAUUCAACAUAUGCGGUGCUAUAACAGCGGACAUCCACUUUAGAGGAUAAAUAAAGCAGAAACACGCAAUAGAAACCCCUAUAUGCCAAUGCAACUGUAUACAAAAAAUUAAGUAUUUCAUAAUUUUUGAUUAUUAAAUAUUUAUUUGCUCCAUUAUACUGUUACCAGCUAUAAUUUUUUCAUAAAUACUUACGUUAUGAAUUCGUUUUAUAUGUAUGCUAAAAGAAGAGCUUAAAUUAAUCUAAAAACUAAUAUUACAACAAAUUUCAUAAGGGCAUUGACGUCAGUUCUUUUCAAUAUAAGUGACAAAAACUAAAACUUUUUCAUAGUUAAAAUUUACACAAACUCAUUCUUUGAAUCUUGAAUAUUGUAUAUGUAAUGCAGUGCUUUAAGGACUUGCAUAUAUCAAUGUUUUUACCUAAUUCAAUACAUUUUAAGAGUUUAUUCGUUUGAUUAACUAUAUUUUAUGGUUGAAAAUGAUGGGAGUUAAACAUUAUUAGAUAAGAAAAAACAAAGAAAAAAAUUAAUAAUUUAAUUUUAUUUCAUUUUCUUCAACUUAUUUUUUUUUAAUAAACUAAAAUUCUUUUUUAAUUUAUUCUUUAAAAUAUACAAUAUUACGCAAGUUUAAUAUACAUAUUGUAAAUAUUGUAAUUAUUGUAAUUUUGAAUAUUAACUUAAAAUCCUAAAUAUUAAAUAAUAAAAAGAUUAAACAGU